UCACGCCUCCUUGUGUUUAUCGAGACGUGGAGUGCGGGGCGGCAGGAAGGUGUUUCUCCCUCGGUGUUUUGAUUUUGUACAACAUUUCUCACUCUUUUUGUCGUCUCUCUACUUUUUUGUGGAGGGCAUGCAGGAUUUUAUGGUGGGGCAAUGCAAACUAUACAGCACCAGAUGCUGUGGAUGUUGCCACGUCCGGACGGGGACUAUAAUCCUUGGAACAUGGUACAUGGUUGUCAACCUCCUGAUGGGAAUUCUGCUAACAGUUGCUGCGACCCAUCCAGGAAGUGUUCCCUCCGUCAACUUGCAGUAUGCAGUUAUUGACCAUUACCUAACAUCUGAUCGGAUGUCAGGGAACGCCGGUGCUGGAUUGGCCAUUUCUCUGCUGAUGGUGACUGUUAGCGCCGUCUUGCUGUAUGGAGCCAUUACUCAUCGCAGUGGGCUGCUCAUCCCGUUCUUCUGCUACCAGAUGUUUGACUUUGCUCUCAGCUGCCUGGUGGCCUGCAGCUCUCUCACCUACCUGCCCAGGAUACAGGAGUACCUGGACCAACUGCCGGAUUUCCCCUACAAGGAUAACCUGUUGUCUCUGGACCCUCGGUUCCUGUUUUUCUUUGUAGUGGUCCUCUUUACCUUCCUCAUUGUCCUAAAGGCAUACUUGAUGAACUGCGUGUGGAACUGCUACAAGUACAUCAAAUACAGGGGCCAGCCGGAUAUCAGCGUCUUCCUCUCUUUUGAGAAUCAGCCCCAGUCCACCUUGCCCACCUAUGACAUGGCCAUGAACAUGCCCGCCAAAGACCCGCCCCCGCCUUACAUGCCUUCUUAAGGACCGGCCCCCACUGCGGACGCCUUCCACGCCGCCAAAUGCAUUUCUACAUUCCCUCACUUCCACCCUCUCCAAGCGCCUUUUACCUACUGUAUAUAUUUUUGUGCAAAGACGGGAUCCGUGCGUGCAGCGAAGAAAUGACCCCGGUAUUUUUUUCUGUUGAUGUUUUGAAAGAAACGCCGCCAACAAUCCAUCAGCAUCAUGACAAUCCACGGCAUUGUAACUUCAUUACUGACAUUGGAACACUUAGGAGACGCAGACGGCAGCAAUAUUUUUGUCUUAUUUAUUGAGCUUUGCUGCGGUUCCCUACUACUACUAGUUCCUCUAUCACCAGCCCAGAUGUUUACAUCACACUCUGCUGCCAGCUUUGUACCAAGAAGGGGGGAGGAGGGGGGCAGGAAAGCUGCUUUUCCACCCGCCUGACACCAACUUGUGAAGAUUUGUAAGUUGCAUGCCCAACUCAACCUAACACCACUUUGGUUCCAUUUCAUAAACUUCAAUAAAGGUUUGACAACA